AUGCGUUUCUUGGCCCUCGCGUUCCUGUUCCUGGCACUCAGUGCCUCCGCCCUGGCCGAGCCGGUGAAAUUCAAGGACUGCGGUUCUGGGGUCGGAGUUAUAAAGGAAGUGAAUGUAAGCCCAUGUCCCACCCAGCCCUGCAAACUGCACAAAGGACAGUCUUACAGUGUCAAUGUUACGUUCACCAGUAAUACUCAGUCUCAAAGCAGCAAGGCUGUGGUACAUGGCAUUGUGAUGGGCAUCCCAGUUCCCUUUCCCAUUCCUGAGUCUGAUGGUUGUAAGUCUGGAAUCACAUGCCCCAUCGAAAAAAAUAAGACCUAUAACUACGUGAACAAACUACCCGUGAAGAGUGAAUACCCCUCUAUAAAAGUGGUGGUACAGUGGGAACUUACGGAUGACAAAGACCAACGUUUCUUCUGCUGGGAGAUCCCAAUAGAGGUUGAAGCCUAG